GGGCGACCGUCACUCACGCACGCCGGUUACGAGGAAGUGGAGCUGCAGACGGUGAAUAUUUUCUGUCGUGCGCCGGAGUCGCAUUCGAUAAGUACAGUUGUAGUAGCGGCAGCCUUCCGUUUGAGGUGGAAAUAACAAUGGCUCUGGACCCGCACAAGUCUCAGCAGUUGAAGGAUGUUGCGAACAGGUUGAGGAUUAUGAGCAUUCAAGCAACGUCUGCUUCGAAAAGCGGCCACCCGACAUCAUGCUGUUCCAUGGCAGAGAUCAUGUCCGUACUGUUCUUCAACACGAUGCGCUACCGUGUGGAGUUUCCCCGCGAUCCUGCCAGCGAUCGCUUCGUGCUUUCCAAGGGCCACUCUGCACCCAUCCUGUACGCUGCCUGGGCGGAAGCCGGUCUUUUCCCCCACGAAGAUCUUCUGAACCUGCGGAAGAUAGACAGCGAUCUAGAAGGCCACCCGACUCCCCGGCUGAACUUCGUCGACGUUGCCACUGGAUCUCUCGGCCAGGGUCUGAGCGUUGCUGCAGGAAUGGCUUACACCGGCAAGCAUUUCGAUAAAGCGAGCUACCGGGUGUACUGUGUGAUUGGCGACGGCGAAUCUGCCGAGGGUUCCAUCUGGGAAGCCCUUUCCUUCGCUGGCUAUUACAAGCUCGAUAACCUCGUGGCCAUCUUCGAUAUCAACCGUCUUGGCCAGAGUGAGCCCACUGCGUUCCAGCAUCAGAUGGAGAUCUACAAGCAACGACUCGAGUCCUUCGGGUUCAACACGUACGUUGUCGACGGUCAUGACGUGGAUGUGCUCUGCAAGGCCUUCAGCGACGCUGAGAAGGUCAAAGACAAGCCGACCGCUAUUCUUGCCAAGACCUUCAAGGGAAGGGGCAUUCAAGGCAUUGAAGAUGCUGACAACUGGCACGGUAAGCCCCUAAAUGAGGAGAUGGCGAAGAAAACUAUUGCAGACCUCGAAAGCAAGAUCGUCAACAAGGGCCCAACAACCCUCAAGCCCAAGGCACCUCUUGACGAACCCGGACCCGCCGACAUCGACAACAUUCAGCUCUCGGAACCUCCCAGCUACAAGCCAGACCAGAAGGUCGCUACACGUUUGGCCUACGGCACUGCCCUUACGAAACUUGGCAAGAAUAAUCCUAGAGUUGUAGCCAUGGAUGGCGAUACAAAGAAUUCCACCUACUCGGACAAGUUCCGCCAGGCGUUCCCCGAUCGCUUCAUCGAGUGCUUCAUUGCUGAACAAAAUCUGGUUGGCGUGGCUGUUGGAUGCGGUUGCCGAGGGCGUACAGUUCCAUUUCUGAGCACGUUUGCUGCCUUCUUUACGCGUGCCUUCGACCAGCUUCGAAUGGGAGCCAUCUCCCAAGCCAACAUAAAGUGCGUUGGCUCCCACGCCGGUGUUUCUAUAGGUGAGGACGGUCCAUCUCAGAUGGCGUUGGAAGACCUCGCCAUGUUCCGUACCAUUCCCAACAGCGUCGUAUUCUACCCAAGUGAUGCCGUGUCCUGCGAGCGUGCCUGUGAGCUCGCUGCCAACUACCGCGGAAUAACCUUCAUUCGUACAUCUCGACCGGAAACGCCAAUACUCUACAAGAAUGACGAACAUUUCGAGAUCGGAAAGGCCAAGGUGGUCCUGCAAAGUCACAAUGACAAAGUGCUGAUAAUCUCUUCGGGUGUUACGCUGCACGAGGCUGUGAAGGCUGCAGAGCUUCUCAAAAAAGAAGGCAUCAAUGUUCGUGUCAUGGACCUGUUUACGUUGAAGCCCAUCGAUGGAGCUGGAAUACUGACUCAUGCUGCUGCCUCCGGCAGGAGGAUCCUAACUGUCGAAGACCACUAUCCUGAAGGCGGCAUAUUUGAAGCUGUCUGUUCUGCAGUGUCACUAGAGAGGGACGUGAUCGUCAAACGUAUUUCCGUUACGGAUAUCCCACGCAGCGGCAAGAGUCGAGAGCUCCUGGCCAAAUACAGCCUAACCGACGAAUGUAUUGCGGAUGCAGUCAAGGGAUUCCAUAACCAGUAGGGCAUUUUAGGACGGAACUCCCCAGCUAUUCCACGGACGAAUCUGUUUUGUUGUGCAGUUUUUUUGCUGCCCUUUGUAAAUUAUACAUUUGUUAGUACUCAAUUGUGUCCUUAUUUUGGCAAAUUCCUGUUCCCGAGUCAUUAAAUAUUUUACUUACAAAA